AGUCUCCUCAGAGUUGCAUGCAUUGCACAUACAUACGUAAGAAGAUUAUUAAAAAUUAACAAACCAGGAAGAACAAGAAAGAAAUCGAGAUAAUGUCGUGGCAAACUUACGUUGAUGAGCAUUUGAUGUGCGAUGUUGGUGAUGGCCAAGGUCACCACCUCACCUCUGCCGCCAUCAUCGGCCUUGACGGUAGUGUUUGGGCUCAGAGCGCUAAUUUUCCUCAGUUCAAGCCUCAAGAGAUGACAGAUAUCAUGAAAGAUUUCGAUGAGCCAGGCCACCUUGCUCCCACAGGCUUGUUCCUUGCAGGACUAAAGUAUAUGGUUAUUCAAGGCGAGCCUAAUGCUGUCAUCCGUGGCAAGAAGGGAGCUGGAGGAAUCACGAUCAAGAAAACAGGACAAUCGAUGGUGUUUGGUCUGUACGAAGAACCAGUGACUCCAGGACAAUGUAACAUGGUCGUGGAGAGGUUGGGUGAUUACUUGAUCGAACAGGAUCUCUGAAGAAUGCUCCAGUUCCAGUCCUUUAAACCAUUGUUUUACUAAUUUUGUUUUUGGGUUGGUUGUAUGUUUUUUUCUAAUUUAAUUUGGAGUCUUUCUGCUUAAAGUUUAAAAGAAAGUUGAACUUGAGGUUGCAGAUAAUUACACAAAAGAAGAAUC